CCUCUCGCCGCCUCCACACCUCUACAUACUAGCGGCACCUUUUUUCGCACUCCCUCUGACAAACUUUUUUGAGUUUUCAGAAAGCGACGCCUCUGCGCGUUACCACUGUCAUUCUGAAAGCCCUAAACCUUUGCCUUGUGUUUUCUUUUAGACUUUUCUUAAACACAAGAGUUGUUAAACUGUCGUCACCUCGUCUUUUCGAUUUGUUUGCUGGAAUCUCGUUUUGACUUGAAGAAUUGUUCUUCGACGGGAUUUCUUGCUUGUUUUGACUUUUUCUGUGAAGAGUGUUAUUCCUACGACUUAUAAGAUCGUUGUUUAGACACCAGCAGUGUAUUUUUGCUUGUUUUAGCCAGUGAUAAUCUGUUUUAUCAGGCAUUUCUCGUUUUUGCCAACCACGUUUUCUUCUGCAUAUUUGUUUGUUUGUUUUGCACAACAGUAUCAACGACGAGUGCAUAAUCCUGUGUUCUGUGUCAUCCGGUCUUUAUUGUUUACUGCUCCGUGUGUGUACGUUUAGCAAGUCGACGGUUUCUCCAACGUGGGACUCGAUUGCCUCUUUUUUAUUUGUCGACGCUAUCGUUUUCGUUUGUGUGUACCCGUUUUUGCGAGUUUGUGUACGAACCUGUUAGAUACAGUGAUUCUGUUGUCAUAACCGUCUUGCCUGUUUAGAGUCAUCUGCUUUCUCGAAGUAAACAAACGAGUAGACGAUACGCUAUUUGUUCGUGUGUUUCCACCUUCCUCGUUAACACUGUUUCUGUAUAUUAGCAUCGCUUAAAAGAGCUCUGUUGCUUUUCCAACAUUGAUUUCCAGCUGGUUGGAAAUAGCUUGUGUUGCUAAUUCUUCUUUUCUUACUUCCUUUUACCCAUCUUAUCUUGUGUUUUUCCUUCCAACGUUGCUCCUAUUGGUGCCGCGAAAUUGUUGUCACGGUGCUUUCUAACGAGUUCCUGUUAAUUUCCCCCUUUUUCGAAAAAAAUGCAGACCUAUACAGGCCUUGUCAAAACCCCUCUGGAUGCGAUAAUCUUGUUCGAGGCGUGUCGUCUUGGCAUACUUCCUCGCGUACAACGGCGACUUUCAGACCACGAGCGCAACAAUAUUCAGCCCGGGAGCGUGUUCGUCUGGGACGAACGCGAAGCCGGCAUGCGUCGUUGGACGGACGGCAAGUCAUGGAGUGCAUCACGCGUAAGUGGUUCCUUCCUCACCUACCGCGAGAUGGAAGGCAAACGCAAGUCGAGUCGCAACCAUCACUCCAGCCGUUCUACGUCUCCGCAGCAGAAACGUCAAGGCGGUUCUGGUGCGGACGAGGAUAGUAAUGGUACCCAAACCGAUGACAGUGCAGAUGACGAAGAUGUCUCCUCCUCUUCUGGGCUGCACUACAAGCCCAACGGCCUCGUCAAGCAGUCUUUCAGCAUCACCACUUCGUUCAACCAAAAGCUCCAUUUAAUUUCUUACGCUUCCGCCGUCCCCGAUCCUUCACUGUCAGUUCCUAGCAGUGAUCCUAAUCUUGCUAUGAUUACUGUGCCAUACGAUCUGUAUCCAGAUGCUGGCCCUCCAAUCCUGCAACCCCCCAAGUUCCUGGCACCUUACGACAUUCCGGUUGAAAAAGUCGCUUUCAGUGAAGACGCCCGUGUCCUCGACAAAUUGCGACAAGCUCUAUUCCUAUAAAUUGUUGAGACACCUACCGUCGAGACACUACCGGUACGCGUUUCCAGGCUUGUGUGGUCAUAGGGCGUUUUGUCUAAUUUUACCUAAUCCCGACGUUGAGCUUUGGCCAUUGCACCACAUCGAUGCUUUCCAUUACCUUGAAACUUUGUAGCAAUUGUAGAACUCACUGUUGUGAAACUCAUAUCUUUUCGCUACCCUGAGGCUCUACGGCGUUCCCCUUACCUUUCGUAGCUAAUCGUCGACAUUAUAAAAUGACAGCCAAAAUGCGAUCUCGUUUCGGCCACUUUUGUAAUUCUUCAACCAAAGCUUGUU